AUGCAUACACAGCUACAAAAGGAGAGACCAAAAUGGGAAAAAGAUGAACUUAAAAAUUGGGAGUUUGAGGAAGAAAACAAGAAUGUGAAGGAUGAGAUAACAGUACUGUCCGUUUCUUCCCCAGUUCCCAAGCCCAUACAGAAUUUGUAUCCAACUACCCGCGACAUCCAGGAAGUGGUUCAGCAAAAACAAGCUAUCGCCCUUGGGAAACAGAGAGAUAAAAGUGAUGCACCCUCUAGCAGUGAAAGCGAUGAGGGCUGUAUAUCCUGGCACCACUUUUACAAUCUCUUAAAACCAAGAAGUGACACAGUGAAGGAUUUGUUGAAAGUGAAGCUGAAUCAGCUUCAAUGUCACUUCACAUGGGCUCCACAGAAAGAAAACAUUGACUUGGAUGAUAUGAAAUACAGAUUAGAAGAUUCGAUACAGGCUGGUGUGAAAUAUCAAGACAGGUCCUACAACCAACUUGCUUUUAUAACCUGUCUGCAAGGAAACUGUGAAGAGGCAAUUCAGAAUUUAAAGGAAGCUGAAAAGAUUCUGAAGGAGAAACAUCAAGAUGAAUUUGAAAAACGAAUCAUUGUCACCUAUGGAAACUAUGCCUGGGUUUAUUAUCACAUGGACCGACUGGGAGAGGCUCAGUCCUACCUCGAUAAGCUAGAGACAGUCUGUAAACCAUUUCCUGAAGCCUCUCAGUUUACAGCAAUGAUACCCGAGGUUUAUGGGGAGAAGGGUUGGUCACUGUUGACUACUGCUGCCCAGUAUUAUGAAGAGGCAAAGGAAUGUUUUAAAAAGGCCCUGGAGAAAGAUCCUGACAAUAUUGAGUGGAACGUUGGCUAUGCCACUGCUCUGUCUCGUCUGGAAUGGUUUUCUGGGACCCCAGAGAGUCGCGGGCCCAUGGAAUCACUGAAGUGGUUUAGACGUGUGCUGGAGCUUGAUCCCAAUGACUCUGUAUCCAUGGUGCUGUUGGCUCUCAAACUACAAAUAAGUAGGAAAAGUGAUGAAGCACUCACUUUAGUUGAACGAGCAUUGCAGAAGUCCCCUGAUCUCCCUUAUGUGCUCCGAUAUGCAGCUCAGUUUUACAGAUACUGCAACAAUGUGGAUAAAGCUCUGGAGCUGUUGGAGAGAGGAUUAGAAAUUAGCCCACACUCUACCUUCAUACAUCAUAAAAUAGGUCAAUGUUACAGAACCAAAUUGUAUCGAGUGAUCAAAAAUCCACUCAGUAAAGAUCCUCGCAAUCCGGCAUUUCAACAGAAAGCUGAGCUGGUCAAUAAAUGCAAGUACCAUUUCGAAAAAUCUUUCGAGAAACGGUCGCUGACAUCUAUUAAGGGCCACCUCGAUUUUGCAGCAAUUUGCUUAUUAAAUGAAGAAUAUGACAAAGCACAGGAAAUCUACAGCCAUCUCCUGACACUGGAAGUUAUUCGCCCAGAGAACAAGCAAGCGAUAUGUUUAGCGGUAGGGUUAUUCCAACUGAAUCACAAGAAUUCAGAAUCAAAUGCCAUCCAACAUUUUCUGGAGGGAAUGAAAGUCAAUUACAACUCAGUGGAAUGGAACAAGUGCCGUGAAAACCUGGAGAAGAUAGCAGCAAGACGACUUCGCAGGAAUCCAAGAGACAGUGAGGCCCUUGGUGUUCGGGGAUUCCUGCACCAACUCGAUGGGGAGAAGUGUGAAGCAAUUGAAUGCUUCAAAAAGGCUUUGGAGUUUGAUCCUGACAAUGACGAAUAUUUAAGUGCUCUUUGUGAGUUACGCCCUUCCAUCGAGGGCAGAAACAACUUUCCCAAUGAAAACUAA